AGAAAAAAGAAAACCAAGUGUCAUCAUCUUCCCUUGUAAAGAGAGACGGCAGCAGAAGCUCUUCCUCUCAGAUCUGCUCUGUUUUCAUUUCCUCUCUAUACAAUCUCUUCAACGAGCUUUGAGUUUUCUCCACUCUCCGGAACUCAGUCUUUCGAUGAGUCGGACUCGCAUUUGAUCCACUGAGUCUACUCGCUCGGCUAUCUCUCUCUGUGCUGCUUUCUGCGAUGGGUUAAGGUUGGCGGAGCUGAGAUUGAUCGUUUUGGCUUGCAUUGAAUCAGUGUUGUUAUGUGCUGGAGAGGUUUGCCGGAGCUCCGGUGAUCAAGGAGGUUUCCGGUGGAAUUCCCGGCGGAGCUUGGAUAUUGUUAGUCGGCGAGAAUGUUCAAGUCGGCGAGGUGGAGGAGCGAGAAGAACAAGGUCAAAGCGGUCUUCAAGUUGCAGUUCCAUGCAACGCAGGUAUCGCAGUUUGGUACGGAUGCGUUGAUGGUAUCUUUGAUCCCUGCGGAUGUGGGAAAGCCGACGGUGAAAUCGGAGAAAGCUACUGUUCAAAACGGAACUUGCCGUUGGGAAAAUCCAGUCUGUGAGACGGUGAAAUUCAAUCAGGAACCGAGGACUGGGAAGAUCAAUGAGAGAGUCUACUUCUUCCUUGUAUCAACUGGGUCGUCCAAAGCAGGCACUAUUGGGGAAGUUUCUGUUGAUUUUGCUGAUUAUGCCGAGGCGACAAAGCCUUCCUCUGUCUCUCUUCCUCUUAAGAAUUCGAAUUCGAAUUCGAAUUCGAAUGCAGUUUUACAUGUUGUGAUUCAGAGGCUGCAGGAAAAUGUAGAUCAAAGUGAGGUGCAUAGAUGUGAAGAUGCAAACUUAAAAUCCGAGGAAAGGAGCUUGAAGACGUUCUUAAGCCAUGGUGAUGCAGAUGAAAGCAUUGCUAGUCAUCCUACUGAAGAUGGGGCAAUCAAUAAAACUAUGCACAAUGCUGACCUGAAUGGUAACCGUAGAGCGUCCAGUGGAUCAGACAUUACAUUGUCAAGUUCCGAGAGUAGCUCUGGACUUAAUACCCCACGAGAACUUGGACUGAGAAACAGUAACAUCCACCAAGACCCUUCUAGCUUCCUAUCAUCUCUGAGCCACUCCUCGUUGCCUCAUCAACCAGCAGGAAAUGCCUCAACGACAGUAUAUGAGGAGUGGUCAGGUGGUUCUGAUCAUGGCGUAAGUACGGAUGACUCAACACAUAGUUCUCACGAAACCCUUCUAAGAGAAAGCUCUCAACAGGCUUCAGAUAUUGAGAUUGAAAAGCUCAAGGCUGAGCUUGGCGCAUUGGCUAGGCAGGCAGAUCGGUCGGAGUUGGAAUUACAGACCCUUCGAAAGCAAAUUGUUAAGGAGAGCAAAAGGGGGCAUGAUCUCGCAAGGGAAAUUGUUAGCUUGAAAGAGGAGAGAGAUGAAAUCAAGUCAGAAUGUGAGAAACUCAAGGCGUUCCAGAAACGUAUGGAUGAGGCAAAAGUUAAAAGCAAGUUGCAGUCAGAAGGGGGAGAUCUGCGUUCUCUGAUUGAAGAAAUCAGACAAGAAUUAGCUUAUGAGAAGGACUUGAAUGCCAAUCUUCGACUACAAUUGCAGAAGACCCAGGAAUCUAAUUCUGAGUUGAUUCUUGCUGUAAGGGACCUGGAUGAAAUGUUGGAAGAGAAGAACAGGGAAAUAUCAGAUCUUUCCAACAAAUUAGGAUCCAGUGAGAAUGCUGAAGAGUUAAGGGGAACCCAUCUAAAAUGUGAGACAGAUGAUGAUGAAGAGCAGAAAGCACUGGAAGAGCUGGUUAGGGGGCACAGUGAUGCCAAAGAAGCGUACUUGCUGGAGCAAAAGAUCAUAGACCUCUAUGGCGAAAUAGAGAUUUAUAGGAGAGAUAAAGAUGAGCUAGAGAUGCAGAUGGAGCAGCUUGCACUUGACUAUGAGAUAUUGAAGCAGGAAAACCAUGACACGUUAUAUAAACUGGAACAAAGUCAACUGCAAGAACAACUGAAGAUGCAGUAUGAAUGUUCAUCUCCUUCUGCUGCCGUUGCUGAACUAGAAGCCCAUAUUGAGGACUUGGAAGACGAUUUCAAGAAGCAGUCAAAUGAAUUCUCAGAUUCUUUGGCUACCAUUAGGGAACUUGAAACACAUAUCAAAAGCUUGGAGGAAGAAUUGGAGAAGCAGGUACAAGGAUUUGAAGCCGAUCUGGAAUCUGUGACACGUGCCAAAGUUGAGCAGGAGCAAAGAGCCAUCCGAGCAGAGGAAGCCUUGCGAAAGACAAGAUGGAAAAAUGCUAGUACGGCUGAGAGGCUUCAGGAGGAAUUUAGAAGGCUCUCAAUGCAAAUGGCCUCUACAUUUGAUGCAAAUGAGAAGGUGGCGGCAAAAGCAUUUAUGGAUGCUAAUGAACUACGACUGCAGAAAAGUCAACUAGAAGAUAUGCUCCAGAAAGUCAAAGAAGAGCUCGAGUCAGAGAGGGACGAUUAUGAGGCAAAAAGAUGUGAGCUUUCCAACCAAAUAGAGACGAAGACAUAUCAGAUAGAACAGAUGUUGGUGGAAAUUGACAACAAGUCCAAGCAGCUUGAAUAUCAGAAGCAGCAUGGUGAAGAAGUUAGCAGGGCUUUCUCUGAGGAGAUUGAAAUGCUCAAAGCUGAGAUUAAAAGGCUCACAGCAGAGAAUAUGCGCCUUUCUGAACAAGAAGAACAGCAAGAAAAUUUUCGAGCUGAGUUGGAACAAUUGAAGACAUCAAUUAAUCAAUCUGAGAUGCUGGUACAGAGGGGAAAUGUAGACAGAAAUGAACUCUUGAACACAAUUGCUUUGCUUAAGAAGGAAGCAGAGAAGUCAGAGGAGGAGUUGAUGAGAAUGAGGCAUCUCAAGGAUGAGGAGGAGGCAACUGUUGGGCUCUUACAAUCGGAGAUGGAAAUGCUUAAAGCUCAGUGUAACGAUUUAAAACAUUCGUUGUUUGAGGAUGAAGUUGAGAAAGAGAAACUCAGAAAGCAGGUCUUCCAAUUAAAAAUUGACCUGAAGAAGAAGGAUGAAUCAUUCACCAGUGUAGAGAAGAAGCUCAAGGAUAGUAAUGGGCGUAUGGCACUUUCCGAUGGAUCUAAAACUACUCCGAAAAACAAUAAAUUAGCUUCAGUUCCCCGCGGUUCAAAAGAACUUGCAAGCCUGAGGGAGAAAAUAAAAUUGCUUGAGGUUCAGAUAAAGCUAAAGGAAACUGCCUUGGAAACCUCGACAAAUUCAUUUUUGGAGAAGGAAAAGGAUCUUCAGACCACAAUUGAAGAAUUAGAGAGCAAACUGGAAGAACUCAAUCAGAGUAGUGCAUUUCAAAAGGUCAUCAAAGAUACAAGUGACAUUAUCUCUGUCACUGACAUACCUGAAGAGGCUAGAACUGCAGCUGAACUUUUUAGCAGUACAGCGUGCCUGCCAAAAGAAAAUGGGAAUGCCUCAUCGUUAAUCAAGAGCAAUGACGAAACUUCGUCAGAGAAAGAACUGAAAGCCUCUAGCAUUAGUAAUAGAGAUGGAAACCUUGACGAUUUAAUAGCUGAAUUUGCAUCGUUAAAGGAGAGGAACAAGUCGAUGGAAAGCGAACUAAAGGAGAUGCAAGAGAGAUAUUCAGAAAUAAGUCUCAAGUUUGCAGAGGUAGAAGGUGAAAGACAGCAGCUUGUAAUGACAGUGCGUAACCUCAAGAAUGCCAAGAAGAGCUUGUUUUCCUGAUAUACCGGAGCAUAUAUAUAUAUACUAUAUGUAUAGUAAAGCCACUGCGAAAAUUCAGAUGUGCAGUUCCAACAGAGUAAAUAAGUUAAGGAUCACGAUCCCCUACAAUAGUGAGAGGUCCCCCAGCACUUAUUCGGGCAGAUGGGCCCUAUCGAGAGGAGCCUCUCACAAUGCCUGCCCAAUUACAGGGGUAGUCAAUAAGGGGAUUCCCAAAUUGUUAGGGAUCCCGAUCCAAUCCCAAUCCAUAAGGUAAUAGGUACAUCAGUAGAAUAUUGUUUUGUUCUUUUAUGGUUCCUUGUGUUAUUUUUUCAUUUUCUCUAGCAAAUGCUGUAUGUCUGUCCCAUAAGGUAUAAUAGAAAGUUGUCUAGUAAUUGUUCAGUGUA